UUUUUUCUAAAAGCUCUUCUCUUUUUAAGUAGAAUAUGGCCUAAAUCGAUCGGGUCAGUUGUCCGAAAUACCCGUAAACAUUUGUAUCUUAUAGAUUGAGGUAAUUGGCGGAUAGCCCGGGGUUGUUAAGGUCGCGUUUUAACUUUAACUCCUCACCAAAUUUACGUAAGAGAACUCUCCCAAACAAGCCAGAAGAGAUUAAAGAGAUAGUGGAUGGCCUGUCGGAAGUAAAAAUCAACAGAGGUGUAUUCGGACUACAACCGUGAAUUAAGUUAGUGUCGCAAAUGAACAACUUCCAUUGUACUCCUGUCAGGAAUGAACGUUUCAUGUCGUCUCAGGGGCAUCCGACUCCUGUAUCAUUCCUGAUAAAACCAACAUGUCUGGACCGUUCCGAACUUUAGAAACAUAAAGUCCCCGGAUGCCUCACGUUUAUCAAUGGACGGCUAAGCUGGAAAGCUCAAAUUGGUAUACUAUGGAACUUUGCAGCUCCAUUCACAGCCCAUUUAUCGAGACAAUAAAGAAGGACCACCAUUAAAAUGGAGUAGUUCCGCGACGCUAUAAUAGAGUCGAUGGGGUCUUCCUCCGCCACCACUUGUAGCUUCGGCCGACAAUAAAACUCAACAAGUGCCCCAGACCACUCUUGGGAAAGGCACUUCGCCAAGGCCAAAAUUGGUAAAAUACACCGUCGGGGGAAAAACGCUCGGGCGGCGCUGGACGGCGUUUCGAUCGAUUCGGUCCGAAAUAAAGCGCGUGAGCCUCGUUUUUGGCGGAGAGGGGGAUAUUUUGAUUCCGGGGGUUGGCAGCAGUGAACCCCUGGCUCGUUCAACUCUCCAGUCCAACCCCGGGCCUUAUGUAACAAGUGCGUCUAACCCCCGGCAGACCCACCCCCAACAACAAGCUACACUCUGUGGAAAUAUCGUGCUUUUGAGUUAUCGCUCUUUCUAGUUUUUCACCAUUAUUUUCUUUAGUAAACAGUUGAGUUUUGUUUAUUACGCAAUUUCGAGUUUAGUUUUGGUUUUUAACGGGCCCACUUUUUAUUGAACUAAAAAUGAUGCUUCAGAAAACAGCAUUGUGAAUUCCAAGGUAUAUCGAGAGUGCACCUCGGUGAAAUGUCUGAACGGGUAGAAGUGAUCCGUUGGUCAUGAGACAUGUGGGCGGCUGUCACGAGGUCUUUCGAGAUCUUCGUGGCCUUCUUCGAAUACUACGCCGCAAGAGCGCAACUAGACACUACAGGAAGCGGUGGGAGCAAGUCUCCUGGAGGGACGACUCCAGGAGCAACAGGACCGGACUCGAAAACACCACCCGCACCUCACAAAGCUCUUCACAAUGUCAAAGGAGGAGAACAUCCUUCGGGCGGGGAAGACCCUUCCAUGGCUUUCCUCCAAAGCAGAUCGAUAUCCUUGGUGGACAUGUACAUCGACAACUCUGAGCCAUCUGAAAACGUCGGACAGAUUCACUUCAGUCUGGAGUACGAUUUCCAGAACACUACUCUCAUUCUCAGGAUCUUAACGGCUAAGGAACUUCCGGCUAAAGACAUGAGUGGUACUUCCGACCCUUACGUCAGAGUCACUCUCCUACCUGACAAGAAGCACCGACUCGAAACGAAGAUUAAGCGAAGGACCCUAAACCCAAGAUGGAAUGAAACUUUCUAUUUUGAAGGUUUUCCUAUUCAAAAGCUUCAAAGUAGAGUCCUGCACCUUCACGUCUUCGACUAUGACAGAUUUUCUCGUGACGAUUCAAUCGGCGAAGUUUUCCUACCUCUCUGCCAGGUCGACCUUUCGGAAAAGCCUUCUUUCUGGAAGGCGCUGAAACCCCCUCUUAAAGACAAAUGCGGCGAGCUGCUCACAUCUCUCUGCUACCAACCCAGCAACAGUAUUCUGACCAUUACCCUUCUCAAAGCGAGGAACUUAAAAGCAAAGGAUAUCAACGGGAAAUCCGACCCGUAUGUGAAAGUCUGGCUGCAGUUCGGAGACAAACGAAUCGAAAAGAAAAAGACCCCGAUCUUCAAAUGUACUCUGAACCCCGUAUUCAACGAAACGUUCAGCUUUAACGUCCCUUGGGAAAAAAUCAGAGAAUGUUCCCUUGACGUCAUGGUUAUGGAUUUCGAUAAUAUCGGGCGUAACGAGUUGAUCGGAAGAAUCCUGCUGGCAGGAAAAAAUGGUUCUGGGGCAAGCGAAACAAAACACUGGCAAGAUAUGAUCACGAAACCGAGGCAGACUAUCGUACAAUGGCAUAGGCUGAAACCAGAAUAAACUCGAAAGGGACAGUGUGCAGUCAAACGUAGGAACAAACUCCUUGUCCCCUAGACCUAUAAUUUUCCUGACCCUGAAGACUUAGAAUGUUUUCAUAUUGUUUACAUAUUAUCAAUGUAAUUGGAAAUACGGCGAUCGGCUCUCUGAAUCGACUCUGCGGCCGAUCCCUUUAUGUUUAUCCUGAUAACUUUACACUAUUCUCUCAUCCAAAAUCUUCUUAGACUUGUCUUACAUAUUCAUUCUAAGAGGCUGAUAUGGAUAUCUAUUUUUGUGAAGUUUUAAAUCGUACAAAUAAUAUUGUGAAAAAAUAAUAUAUAUGAAUUUAAAAAUAAAAAAGUGAAGAAAUAUUUAGUCUGAUUA